AUGUCUUCAGCCAAACGAAUCCGCGCAGCGUCGGCAACGGGCUCUUCCAACUCGCCCUCCCCAGAACCAACCCCAAAGGCAGUCCGCACCAGUCUUCCCUCUGAUCACUCGUCUUCCGCAUCUCCGCUGCUCUGCACCCUCCCUCCAACAUGCAACCCGCCACACAACCGUCCGACGCCACUGGCGAGCACAGCAGAACUAGAGAGUCAUUAUGCGACAUAUCACGCGCACGUCUGCGAAGAGAGAGGCUGUGCCUGCGUGUUCCCAGAUGCUAGGCUGCUAGAACUGCAUCAGACAGAAUGUCAUGAUCCACUGGCCGCGGUGCGCAAGGACAGAGGCUCAUCUUUCACCACUGCCGUCGUCUCUGAUGGCAUCUUACUCACUCUCCCCCAGUUUGCUUGUCAUCUGGUAAUGUGCGGUCGCUGCUUCCUCACCCCCAAGACGCGGCGACUGCAUCUCAUUCAAGCACAUGGAUAUCCAAAGGAAUAUUUUUUUGCCGUCACGAAUAAAGGCGUUGGCGGGCUUCUAAAGCGAUGGGGUGAAGGAGCGAGCAUGGUUCGGGCUCAGUGGAAGGCACGAGAUAUCACAAAGAGCGGCGACGCAGAUAGCAGCGACGAUGGAGAUGGCGAGGCUGAGAGAGCAAGCUCUCAGAGGAGGAACGUCCAUGUGGAAGCAGAGGCGGAUGAAGCAAUCAUCGAGGGAACAAUAUCAGCAUCCGGGCUGAAUGAAACAGGAAGACAGGUGAGUGAUAGUGGCGUAGUCGAGGAUACGAUCGACUCCCUCAGCGGUGCCAUGGGGUCACUCUCGCUCGUCCCUUCCAAUGUCCGAUUCGGGCGUGGAACGAAGCGGGGUGGUUUCAAUUUGGGGGCGAAUGGGAUGAACGGGGGAGGUGCGGGAAAUCACAUUGCCAUGCGAGGUGGCCAUAAAGUGAGAGGUCGAGGUUCGUCUGCUUCGGUUUUACCGACUGCCAAUCCCGCCAUAUACUUACGGCAAGCAGGUACGACGCACGAUGUACGGAUUCCAGGGAGCAUGCGGGGCGUGCUUGGCGCAGGAAGCCUGAGACGCGGCGUGCGAGGAUAUCCUGCUACUCGCGCGGAAGUGGAGAGGAUUGGGACUGACAUUACGAGAGAGAACGGCAAUGAGCGUGCUACGCGGGGCGCGUCGUCCGCUGGAAGGGCCGUGAAAGCGGACAGAAUAAAAAGUUACACCAGGGGAAGAGGUGGUCGUCCAAAAGGAGCGGCAUGA